AUGGCAGCAACGAACUCUUCCUUCUGGGAUACAAAAGGAAGUAACCAGCCUGAUUUACUCUGCGGAAGGUCAGCUCACAACACGUUCGUAAAGGGGCAUUUUCCAGUGCUCCUAUGUUCCAUAAUUGUUCUGGGAGGAUUUCUGAAGGCAUGCUUAAAGAAUUCUGAAGUCGUUGUCUUGACAAUUCUUUUUCUGGCAGGAUUUGUGAUAGGACAUCUGGCCUACAAUUUUGUUGAGAUGCACCAAAUUGUCUACCCUCUUCUAAGAACAUCAAGUUUUUCACUUUAUUGUUAUUUUUCACCUUUAAUUAUAUUUACGGCUGCUUUGGAUGUGGACUUUUAUGUACUCAAGAAUGUGCUUUGGCAGGUCUUGUUAACUGGAUUAAUUAGCUUUUUUGUGGCAGUCGUCAUUGUUGGAAAUGUGGUUAUGAAAUUCAAUAACGACUCAUGGGAUUUGCAGUCUUGCCUGCUCUUUAGCAUGACAAUUGCCAUUACGGAUCCUGUUCAUUCUGUGAAUUCGCUGAAAACCAUCGGUAUUUCCAAAAUGUAUACCGAUAUCAUUAGAGGAGAAUCAAUGAUCGUCUGUAGCUUCACAACCAUUCUUUUUGGAUUUUUUCGGAGCAACAUACUUCACCUAUCUGUACUUAGGGAGUACCACAUCCUCGUGGACCUCAUCUUGAAUAUCUCGGGAAGCAUAAUAUGUGGAUAUUGGUGUGCAAGAAUCAUUCAUUUUAUAUUCACUGACCUUUUUGGCAACACACUGACUAAUAUCAUUCUUUACUUUUCGAUGGUGUACAUGAUUUUCUACAUGGUGGAAUUUUUUGGAAUGUCAGGAUUGGUUGCUUUAGUCACCGUGGGACUGAAUUUAGAUUCCUUAAGCUUUAAACCGAGGAUCAAGUUAAUAAUUUCCAAGUUCCUAAUAAUGUUUUCAUCCAUGUUCCAACAUUUAAUAUACGCUUUCUUUGGCAUUGUAAUUGGAUGUGGACAAACCAAAUAUUUUAGAGCGCACACUGUAGUUUUCAUUUUAAUCUUAUUUGCAACAGUGAAUGUUGUCAGAUUGGUUACUAUUGUGUUAGUGAGCCCUAUUCUGAUGUAUUCGACUUACGAAUAUAAUUGGAAAUGGGGAGCUGUGAUAGCAUGGUCUGGAAUUAAAGGCAUUUUUAGCUUACUCUUGGCUCCCGAUGUUUAUAAUCUGGCUGAACAAAAAAUAGAGUCGCCACAAAUGUUUAUAUUGUAUGUCCAAGUGGUUUCAUUAAUGACUAUGGGAAUAAAUUCAUACAUGAUGACUCAUUUUGCCAGGACAUUAGGUUUGUGUGCCAUUUCUCUUUCAAGACAAAUGGCCAUGCUCAAUGCCAUUAAACACAUACAGGAGAUAAUACAGAACACAAUAACUUUAUUUAAAACAGAGAAAAUUUUGACAAAUGUUAAUUGGACCUUAGUAGAAGAAAAAACGAAGAUUAAAUACAGCAUUCCUUUUUACCACAUUUCACAUGAUAGCAACGGGGAGCAGUCCACAACAGAUGAUGCUUUAAUCGAAGAAGCCAGAUUGCAUAUAGCUAUGAUACAAAUGAGUAGCUUUGAAAAACAGUGUAAAGAUGGAAUCCUUGGUGUAGAGGCAGCUCGGAUAUUAAUUGGUGCGACCAAAAGCUAUUGCCCCAUCCAAAGAAAAUUCAUGAGUAUCUAUGAUGUUUUUACUUAUGUAAAAGCUAGAAGUUGGCUUAUGCACUUUAAAGACAUGUUAACUUUCAUGGAAUAUCAUAAAGUUAAGUCAUUUUCUAUUCUACCGUGGAAAAAUAAAUUUCUCGUAUUUGCAUAUCACAUUGUACUUUCAGAAGAAUUUGAAUACACGGGACAUAUUAUAUCAUUCCUGUACAUUUAUCCUAUGAUACUUCAUCUGUGGCCAAUAGCAAGAAAAUUAAAUGUGUUGUCACUGAUGUUAGUAAACUCCUAUUUUGUUACUUUAUGUGUAUUACAGUCAGCAUUGAAGAUAAUAAUUUUGAAAAAGAGUUAUUUUUGCCAACAUUGGAAUACUGUGGAAUUUUUUAUCAUGCUCAUUGGAAUUGUUGAUGUCUUUUGUAUAUAUUUUGUCAAAUUGAGACCGGAAAACUUGGUUCUUAUUCAGAUUACAGUAGUAAUAGGAUAUUUAAGAAUAAUUAGGUUUAUUCCUCUCAUCAAGUUAAUAAUACCGUUACUGAUAAAAACUGUCGAAGUGCAGAUCAAAAAGCGCCUCAGCUUGAUGUACAGUAUUACAAAAGGCUAUAUCAAAAGUCAAGAGGAUACCGCAUUUUUAAUACAACAGAUUUCGAGCCGAGAGUCAAUCUAUCAGAAAUUAUAUAAAAUCUUGGAAAUCAACAAACGAGAUGCUGUCAAAGAACUAGGACUCAUCGAGCAUGAGGGUCGCAAUGUUCUCAUUGCCUUGAAGACCAAGCAGGCAAUCCGGAACGUGAUUGCUAAAGCUCUGAAAAACCUCACCUUCCUUUGGUCAAGAGGCAUUAUUGAGAACCAUGAGGGCAUCGAGAUGAAUAAGGUCCUUCUUGCAAAAAUUAAAGCACUGAAUAACUUUCCAAUGGAAAUCCCACCUCCUACUCCUGACAAAUAUCUUCAUAAUAUUGUUUGGCUGCAAAAUAAAGAUGUUCUCAUUGAGUUCUUCAAGCAAAGAGCUAAACUUGCCUAUUUUGACUAUGGAGAAAUCAUUUGUAAAGAAGGUGAAAUGCCGCAAGGAAUCUACUUAAUUAUUUCAGGAAUGGCAAUUGUGCAUGGUUCAGCUCCUACCUUUGGGAUAGACAGCAACCUUAGGUCUGACAGAGAAUCCAUUACCAAGUUUACAGACUACUGUACUUGUGGGGACAUAAUUGGAGAGUUGAGCUGUCUGCUUAAACGUGAAAAUGAAUAUACUGCCACCUGUGAAACCAUUUUACAGGCCUGCUUUAUCUCCCUGGAGGACUUAUAUGAAGGCUUUGAUGUCUUCUGGCCAUCCCUGGAAUAUAAAAUAUGGCUAAAGCUUGCUCUCAAAACUGCCUACCAGUAUUUUGAAUCAGCUCUCGUUGACGAGGACUUAAAGUUUCAGAAGUGUGUGGCGCUCAAUCUGGCAUACGUGGCGACUUUGUCAAGCUACAAUGAAAUGACUAUCGAUAACACAACUAUGAAAUUCGUUAUUGUUGUGUAUGGCAGUGUAAUUGAUACGAGGACAGAGGUGCCGUAUCUCGCACCUUGCAUCUUACCAAAAACCUGUGAGCAGGUUCAGGGAACUUCAGAUUUAAGCAAGCUGCUGGUUGUCCAAGCUUCUGAGCCUGCCAAAAAUAACAACCACCCCAGAGUCCUGAUUGGAAACCGGAUUUCGUUCUAUAAAGGGACACUGAUGGCUCUAAUAGGAUAGAUUAAAUCAGAUUCAAGACCCAGCCGAUACCACGGUUCAAGUGCUGAAGGAUUAUCUGGCAAGGAGUUUACUUAGAAGUUGCUGGAACAAUUCACUGCUGCAUUUACUUUAUAAGCAAUUGAUGAGGUGCUGCAAAAGGUCUAAUUUUAAGUAGUUGCAGUAUAUUUGAGAUGGUCAAAAAAAUUCUUCAGGAUAGGAUAUCCCAAAACUCAUGGCCUACCAAAUGAAACCCUACAUCCAGCUGAAAGCAACUUAUAACAGAGUACAAGUUAUUCACAGCAUUCUACGGUACUGUCUGAAG